CCGAUUUCAUGAAGGAGGCCUUCAUUAACGUGGCCAUGAGCCCCGAUUACCACGUUCACCAGUACGGACGAAGCGAGGGUCAUCCGAGAUUAGUGAAGAUAUUGUCUAAAAUCUACUCGCCCCUCGUUAAUCGCGAGCUCGAUCCAUACGAUAAUUUUGUGGUCUCGAUCGGCGCGACCAAUGCGCUAUUCAGUGCUCUGCAGAGUCUCACCCAUCCCGACGACGAGUGGAUCGUGUUCGUGCCGCACUGGGAGCAUUACGCGUCCAUGCUGAGAAUGUCCGGUGCCGCAGUCAAAGAAGUGCUCCUGAGACCGAAUAAAGACUUUCGUUGUGGAGAUUCGCCGAGCUCGUCCGAUUGGACCUUCGAUCGGAAGGAGCUGAGCGAGGCGUUUACCGAAAAGACCAAAGGUAUCCUUCUGAACAAUCCGAACAAUCCGACCGGCAAAGUUUUCGAUCGAGAAGAAUUGACGUUCAUUGCCGAUCUCGUCAAAAAAUGGGACGCGAUCGCAUUGGUCGACGAAGUCUACGAGUGGCUCGUGUACGACGGAAAUGAGCACAUCAGAUUUGCCACUUUGCCGGGAAUGUUCGAUAGAACCAUCACGGUGGGAGCUGCGUCGAAGGCGUUCUCCGUCACGGGUUGGCGAGUCGGUUGGGCUUACGGACCUGCCUACCUCAUGAAUUAUAUGAAAAAAUCGAUUUACGGAGCCGCCGGUGACAACGUGACCCCGAGUCAGGUAGCCGUGGCUACGGGUCUCGAGCGAGUCUGGGCCGAAAGGAACCAGACGAAGUCUUACCUCGUCGAGUAUCCAAAAACUUUGGAGAUCAAGAGAGACCGUAUUGUCGAGGCUCUGUGCAAAGCCGGUUUCGUUCCACACGUGCCUCAGAGCGGUUUCUUUCUGUUGGCCGAUUGGACGGGGAUAAAGUCGUUGCCUCGAUAUCUCGUCAACAAUGCAACCCUUGCCAACAGGGACGUUGAAUUCGUGAAAUACAUGGUCAAGGAGGUCGGUUUAGAAGUUUAUCCGGGCUCGCCGUAUUUCGGCGAAAAACAUCAGUCCGCGGGUAGGGAUUUCGUGCGCGUGUGUUUCGUCAAGAGGGACGAUACUCUAGACAAAGCUGUGGACAUUUUAGCAAAAUUGUGAGGAUACGAGCUAAUGGCAUCCAGUUGACAAUAACUUGAAUCAGCUGUGUUUUUUUUUUAU